AUAACUUGAUUCACUUCUACAAGAGAUAAGAUGUCUGCAUCCCCCAUGGCUCGUGCUACAACUAUCGGUCAGGAUAUACCUAGACGAGUUGUUAUCAAUAACGAGGAUGAUAUGCCUGAUGAUUACAGUACAACACCAGGUGGAACUAUUUUUGGAACAACGCCCGGUGGUACAAAGAUAGUUUACGAAAGAGCUUUUCUAAUGAACAUGCGGAACUCUCCUCUUGCUAAAACGCCUCCAAAUAACAUGCCUUGUAUUCCUGGUGUGACGACUGAUUUAAAGACGAAGGACGACCAGAAGAAGAAGACGAGUGUUGAUAAGAAGGUUGAGCAGAACAAGGACGAGGACGAUCAGUUCUCUAUGGAUAUCUAGCUGGCUGUGAGAACCAAAAAAUGCUUCCUGCUAUUUUAUUCUUUAAAACAACAUUUAUUUACAAAUGUUUCCAGUUAUGGUUUAUUAUUUUUUUUUAUGUGGGUCACAGAACUUUUUCUCUAUGAUUUUGGGCAUUCAUUUUCCUACACCUUAUACAAUGUAACAAUAUACAUACAUACAUACAUACAUAGUGCCAUUAAAUGAAAUUUACAUGAACUGUUAUUUUCAGAAA